CCAGCCUAUUUCUCUCACUCGCGAGGGGAAGCUGUGGCAGAACAGAGAGGAUCGCGUGUUGAGUUGACCACGACUAUGGCGGGACACUUCUCGCUGUUCGUGGUGGCCGGGCUGCUGGUCCUCGGAGCCCGGGCUGAGAGCACGACGGACGCCAGCGCUGAUAACGAAGUCAUGCUCGAAGACGCCUACGAAUCCUGGCUGGAGAACUUUGGCGACUACAUCCUCAUGGAAAAGCAAGAGUACAGCGAAGAGAACGCGACCAUCUUAGAAUCUCCCGACGGCCGAGAAUUCCAGCAGGAACUGUAUAAGGGGGAGGAGGAGGGGCAGGAGGAGGAGGAAGGGGAGGCAGCAGAGCACGAGGUCCUUCAGGAGAGACUGGACGUGGGCGAGGAGGAGGCCUUAGAGGACAGGAUGAUUAGGUCGCCCGUGGUCCUCGCGCUCGAGAAAUACGGUCUUCUGAAUCCUCAUUUGGAUUACGAAGUGUGGCUCGAAUCCCAAGUAGAGGAAAAGGGACUGGUUUUCGUGACACUCAAUCCCCACGAGAACCAAUCAAGGUGCGGUUUGGGAGGCAUCUCUGAUUCGCUCGUUUUCCAUGGCGGAGAAAACGAAAUCUCGACAGAUCAGAUUGUGGCCGCGACAGCGAACUCCACCUCGUCCUGGGAAGAGUUCAGCGAAGAUUUCUGGUGGGCCAAGGGUAGUCUGGAUGGAGGCAGUAUGCUUGGGCUGACCUUCACCCCCCCUGAGUGCGGCUGCCUGACCCUGAGUGUAUUUUUCGCUCUCCCUGUGGAUAACACAACAGUGGUGGCAGGACCCUACACCUUCCCGGAAGACAUGAAGACACUCUUUUGCGUAGACUCAGGAGCUCAGCCGUUGCCAGAAGAACCAGAGGAGGAGGGGGAGGAGGAGGAGGAACCUCUUGUAGAAGACCAGGUCGCUCUCGUCGAGGAGGAAGAGGAGGGCACUGAGGUCGGGCAAGAAGUCGCCGACGAAACUUUGAAACCGGGUCAGCUGAAGAGGAAAGCUCAGCGGCAGAAGGCCAGGCAGGCGGCGAGGAAGGCAGGGCGGAAGGCAGCCCGCAAGAAGAUGAGGAAGGGGAAAAAGCAGGCUGAGAGGGCGCAGAGGAAGCAGAAAGUGAACCAGAUCAGGCAGCAGAUUCGUCAAGCGGGAAUGAGGGUAACACGAUGGAGAAUCCGGCAGCGCCUUCGUCAGGAGAAUCUUGGAAACUCCGAGGAGCAAGCAACACAGGCAACCGUCGAAGCCAUCACGAAGCGGCCGAAGUGGGCGAGGAAGCAGGCGAGGAAGGCGCGGAAGCAAGCACGAAAGGUCAGGAAGCCUUGGAAGAGACUGAGGAAGGAGGCGAAGAAGAACAGGAGGAUGCAGUUGGCGCAGAGAAUGGCACAGGACGAGAAUGGCACAAGGUCGAUGGAGUUUAUGGACACGGAAAUCUCUGCAGAAUCCAAGGUCAGCGAAAGUGCAUGCCAUUUGAACUUUCAGAUGGACGAACACGACGAGGUCAACAUCCUCCUGACGAUGCUCGACGCUCAGUCCAGAAACGAGUCUGGGGUCGAGGGCGACGCGCAGUUUCAGGAGGAGGAAGCAGCUGGUUUCGAGGAGGAGAAUGAAGUUGGCGAUGCAGGAAGUCCUCCUCAAGGAAGAAGACAAGGAAGGAGAGAAAGAAGAAAGAAGCAACAGAAGCGUAACAAAGCGAAAGCAAAAAAGAAAAAACGCCAACACAUGGGAUGAGAUUUUGCUGUAAGUUUGGUAUCGCGAGGAAGAAGAUGAUCCUGAAUAUUACAGCGGCUGAAAAUCGUAAGUACAGAUCGAUAGAUAGAUAGGUAGGUUGGAA